CUUAACGACGGAACGAUGCGAUUUUUGUACCUCGUGUUUUUGGGGCUGCCGUUCGCCAUGGCAGCACGAACAGAUUACGAGCCCUGCAAGGCUUGCAUUUACCAAGCUACAACGGCUAAGUUAUCAGGCAUCAGAGUGCGGUUAUAUACAGGCAAUGAUCUGGAUACGUACACAGAGGUGGUGGUCGGGGAUGCCGUGAACCUGCUAGACAAAAUGGACUUGAACAAACCGAGUGUCGUGUACAUUUUCGGUAUGCUUGGAACUCCAAAUUGGAAAAGCAGCCAAGUCAUCAUCGAGGCAUAUAUCAAACGUCAGGAUCACAACGUUGUGGUGCUCAACUGGGAGGAAAUCGCUGGCAAUGAGUACCUUUAUAUUGCUCGGAGCGUUUCUGGUGUCGGAUACACCCUGGCCAAAGUUCUCGAUGAAUGGGUGGCAGCUGGUUUGAACUCGUCCUCUAUUCACCUUGUGGGCCAUUCGAUGGGAGGCCAAAUCGCUGGAUACGCUGGGCGUUACGUGAAUUUCACUCUGCCUCGAAUCGUAGGCUUGGAUCCUGCGGGACCCAUGUUUUACGCCGUCUUGGCGUGUUUGAACAGAGGCGAUGCUGCAUUCGUCCAAGUGAUCCACACGGAUGACGGACACUUUGGACUGCGCCACGAAGUUGGGCACGUGGAAUUUUAUCCCAACAGUGGUAUCCACCUGCAGCCAGGAUGUUUGACAGGAAACGGUUGCAGCCACCUUAGAGCCUGUUACUACUACGCCGAAUCAUUGCGAAAUGAGGACGCAUUUAUUGGUCGUGCCUGCGAUGACAGUUCGAGUUUCAAGAUAGGUUCAUGCAACUCGAAUGGUUUAUCGGUAAUGGGCUUCGCCACACCGUCCACCACAAGGGGCAAGUAUUACCUUGAGACGGCUGCAGCUUCGCCUUACGGUCUAGGAAUGAAAGGCACGAUAUACGACGAUUCGACGAAUGUGAUAAUUUCAACUUUUGAAAAUCUUCUGAGCACAGCGCUGGCUUCAUGGUAAUCGAGAAAAUGUCCCUCGAACUUAGCAAUCGAAUAAUGUAAUUUGAACAAUUGCAAGGAUAUUAAAUCAAAUAUAAACGAUUUGCCUAAUA